AUGAGUGCGCCUUUCUUUACACACAUGGCCAAUAGGUAUAGAAGCCCUCAGAAUAUCAAUAGUCAAUCGAGUUCUUAUAGAAAACGUCCACAUCCAGGAUUUCAAUGGGGACCCCAUACACAUUUCCGACCUAUGAACAAUUCUACUACUGAGAACAAUGAUGAACACUGGUGUGAGACUUGCGACAGGGGAUUUCCUACAGCGGAGAUACUCGAAAAACAUAAGCAACAACAUCAGAAAUGCAGUAUUGAUGGGUGCCAAUUUGUUGCUCACCCAAAAGUUAUCACAAGACAUAUUCAAAUGCAACAUGCAUCAGGAUUAUACAAAAAGAUAUCAAAGUUAAAUAACCCUGAAGAAAUAAAAAAGUGGAGAGAAGAAAGAAAAAAGAAAUAUCCUACAAUAGCUAACAUUGAAAAAAAAGCAGCUGAAUAUGAAGAGAAAGUUAAGAGGGGUGAAAAAAUGGCUUUAAAACAAAGUAGAAGCAAAGUUGCCAAAUCAACAGAUCAACCUGCAGCUAGAGAUAGUUUUAAUAAAAAUAAUGAGAAUCAUAGGACUAACAAAUCAAAUAUAAAUCAACAGAAAAUUCGUAUUAAGAAUGAUCAGCCACCACCAAAAAAAGUGCCCAAAAUCACUCCUAAAGUACCAAGUGUGGUAGAGAAAAAUAAACUAAAGCCCUUUACUGGAAUCCUCAGCAUUAGCAUGGAUGAUGAUGAUACAGCAGAAGAUGUAUGUAAUUUGAUAAACCCUGAUAAUAGCUUAAUUGAAGAAGACGAGUAUAAUGAGGACCACAUAGAGCAGCCCAUAGCUAAGCCUGUUCAAGAACCAGUGUUGUGUGGAGCUCUAUCAUCGCUGAUGUGUGAUUAUGGGUCUUCAGAUGAAGAUAAUGAAAACGAUAAUAAAACUACCAAUGUUGCAAAACCGUUACCACCUCAAAAAAUUGAAAGAUUACAUAAAAAUGUAGAAACUAUUAAUAAUAACGAUACAAAUAACCAUAUGGUAACUGUAAACAGUAAUAUUAAAGAGGAUUUAGAUAAUGUUACUACUAAUAAUCUGAAAAAUAAUUUGGAUCAAACAAUCAAAAAUCAAGAUGAUAGUGACAAUGAUAGUGGUCCAGAAGAAGUAAAAAUUGAUAAAAUGAACAUUACAGAACCUCCUUGUACCUCUUCCACUACUUCAUUAGAAAUUUCUAAAACAAAGAGAGUGCCUUUCAAUGCUAAAAAAGGCUUUCUUUCUAGGAAUGGUCAUAGGCAACAUAAUAGCUAUAAGCAAAAAGUACCAUCUACUCUACUACAAAAACUAUUAUACAAAGAAAUACGUCAGGAACGUAAUAUUGUUUUACAGUGUAUUAGGUAUAUCAAACAGAUGAACUAUUUUGAUAAGCCUAAUAAAUAA